AUGGCUGCACCACGCUUUCCUGACUCUGCCUACAUCACGGAGAAGGACCUCGAGCAGGGCAACAGCAAUGGAGACGAGCAAGCCCUGCCGGUCCCACCAUCAAGAUCGAACUCUUCAAAAUCCGUACCCAGCACUUUGGGCACGAACCCAGUAUCAGCAAGGAUGCCAUCAUUACCAUCGAGCAAGGCAUCUACUACCAGCACUAGCCGACGAGGUCUUGUCCAUGGUGGCGAGGAGGAAAAGAAGAUGAACUGGUGGCAGGCCGCAACGGUUAUGCUCGCUGAGACAGUGUCACUCGGCAUCCUCUCCCUCCCCUCCGCAGUGAAAUCAGUUGGCAUCCUCCCAGGCAGCAUCCUCAUCCUCGGCUGCGGUUUUAUAACCACCUACACCGGCCACGAAGUUUACCGCUUCAAGAUGCGCUUCCCACAAAUUCGCAGCUUCGCAGAAGCCGGUCAGCUGAUUGGUGGCUCGGUGGGCCGCUGGAUCGUGGAAGUAAUGCAGAUGGCGAUGCUCGUCUUUAUGAUGGCCGGACAUAUCAUCAUAUUCCGAUCCAUGGCGUUUAAGCUCUCGGAGGGGUCCGGUGACCAUAUAUGUGGAGUUUGGUGGACGGUGUUGGCGCUCGUCAUCAAUAUCACAUGUACGCUGCCGCGAGCGUUGAAGACGAAUUCCUGGUUUUCGAUUUUCUCAUGCAUCUCCAUUAUCGCCGCGACCUUCACGGCGAUGGCCAGCGUGAUCCAGGCUUCGCACGACCAUCCCGUCAAGUACGAUACCGUUGUCCAACUAGGUACGGAAGGCUACACAUUCGCAGCCGCCUGCGCCGCCGUCUCUAACAUCCUCGUCUCCUUCUCCGGGCACAUCGCCUACUUCAAUAUUAUCUCCGAAAUGCGCCAACCAUCCGACUUCCCCAAAGCUCUCCUAACUACAAACUUCUUCACUAUAGCCCUCUACGCUCUCGCCGGCAUUAUAAUCUAUAAAUUUGUCGGCCCCACGGUCGCCUCCCCUGCCCUCGACUCCGCCACCCCUACAGCCGCCAAAAUCGCCUACGGCCUCGCAGUCCCCACCAUCAUCGUCGCAGGCGUCAUCGCCGCCCUCGUGGCCGCGAAACGCGCGUACGAUAUAACCUGGCAACACCGCCCGGAGGUGAAAGACGAAAACACCGCCCGCGCGUGGACGAGCUGGAUCGCCAUCGUCGUGACGCUGUGGACCGUCGCAUGGGUCGUGGGGAAUGUCAUUCCGUGGUUCAACUCCCUCCUCGCUGUGAUAGGUGCUGCGGUGGGGACGUGGAUCUGUCUGGGGUUUCCGGCGAUUUUCUGGUUGUUUGGGAGUUGGAGGGAGAAGGAUGGGUGGCGAGGGUGGAGGAGGAACGUGUUGGUGUGGGUGAAUGUGACUUUGUUUUUGCUGUGUUUGGUGGCGAGUGGGUUGGGAUUGUAUGGCAGUGUUGGAGAGAUUUCGAGUCAGAGUGGGAGUACGAGGCCGUUUCCUUGUCGCGGGGUGGAUUGA